CCGGUGGUGUUAACAGAAACAGUAUUCAGGAGCUCGUUCCAUGAGAGGACACUUAACAUUUGACCUUCUUUUUUUUUCUACACCACCGACAAAAUGGAUAACGUUUGUCCCUGCUCCGCCAACACUGACAGGUUGUCAAACCCUAUUCUCUACAACAUCCUGAGCCAAAUGGAGUCCAGCAAGACAAGUCAUGACUUCAGCUACGGCUCAGCAGCUCACAGAUGCAACUGUGAGCUGCGGCGGACCGUCUGUCUGAAGAGGCCAACUGAGAUAUGUAAAGAAGCUUCGUCGGUUCUGGUUAAAACAAUUCAUUUCAUGAAGAACUUACCUGCUUUUAACCAGCUGCCAACAAACGACCAGUUCUCGCUCCUAAAAAGCUGCUGGGCACCUCUCUUCAUUCUGGGUCUGGCCCAGGAGCAUGUGGACUUUGAGGUGACCAACAGCCCCGCUGACAGCAUGCUGAAGAAGAUCCUCCUCAACCACCAGGAGAGCCCUGAGCUAGACAGGGAGCAGCCCACCAUCUCUGGUGUCAGCAGACUCAAGUCCUGCCUCAAAAAGUUCUGGAGUUUGGAUUUGAGUCCAAAGGAGUAUGCGUACCUCAAAGGCACCACAAUGUUUAAUCCAGAUGUACCAGAUUUGAAGGCGGCUAUGUUUGUUGAAGUCUUGCAACAGGAAGCUCAGCACGCCCUCAGUGAGGUGGUCCAGCUCAUUCAGCCAGGAGACCAGGAGCGAUUCGCUCGAAUCCUCCUCACGGCCUCCAUGUUGCAAAGCAUCACGCCAAGCCUCAUCACUGAACUCUUCUUCAGGCCUGUGAUUGGCCAGGCCGACCUGCUGGAGCUGCUGAUCGACAUGCUCUUCUGUAAAUAGAGGAGCAGGACUUCAGUGUAACUGUACUUACCCAGGGACUGGAUUUAAUGGAGGGACUUCCAGAACUUUAUUGGAGCACGCUCAGCAGUUUUUCCUUCAUAAAAUGAAGGAAUGGUUCACAACAAAGCUUGUGACAACCGCAUACAUUUCCUAAAGUUUCACCAAAACUGAAACUUUAGCUGUACAACAGAGAGAAACCAACUGUUUAUAUACGUGUGUCUCAUAUUUUUGUUGUAAAUAAGGUUUGUCUGCAUGAAAAGGACAUGUCAAAUAAAUAUUUAUUUUUGUACAAGAACGUAACAGUGAA